AUGUCUGUGGAAUACUUCGUCAACAAAAAAGUCCCGGUCACUACGCCCGAGCUCAUGUCUGCGUAUGCAUGUACUCGCAGGGAGCUCCUCGAGACAGUCGACGCUAUGUCCGAUGAGGCAGACGAUGGCCCGCAAGCGAUGUUUCGUCCAGCCGAAGCCAGGGACGAACGGUGCAUAGAUCCCCGGCUGCUUCAGAGGGCUGCCUCGAGAGCUCCUUCGGAGUUUCGAGACCAUGACCUUGCUCCUGCUCCAGACCUCAACACACGGACCAACCCGAUUGUCUCCAAUCACGCCAGUGGGAUGGCCUUGCCUGUGGGUGAGAGCUCUGCGCUGACCAUUCCUCCGCCGGCCACGCCGAGUCGCAAGCCGCGGUCCAAGGCCAAGACGCCUCAGAGCUCACCGGCGAAACGGACGAGCGCGCGUCUUAAGGCGAAGCAAGGCGGGAUAGAACAGACGGAGAAGAGUGUUCGCGUUGCGCUCGGCCAAAGCUCACACGGCGAUGAGAGGGAGGCUUGA